CUAACCCUGAUCCCCCAAAAACCCCUAAAACCUGACCCUAUUCCCAAAACGGUGGAACUGCACAUUCGCAGAAAGGCUCGGUAUCACGUCUCGAUAGCGAAGCGACGUCCCGGCCGCUUGUGGUUUGCCGGCCUCCGUGGGCCGGUCCGCCCGGUGACUCCGCCGCCAGUCCCUCACCUCCAUCAUCCGCUUUACGGCGCCGCCAUGGCUGGCCGCCUGCUCAAAGUGUCGUCCGCCGCCGCCGCCGCGCUGCUCGCUUCCUCCGGCCUCUACCUUUACGGCAAACACCUGGACCCCAGCGACGUCAGCGUGGUUAGGUUUGGCAGAGCCGCAGCCACGACUGCAGUUAUCAGCUACGAUUACCUCACUUCCCUCCGAAAUGUGCAAUACGGUACAGAGGAAUACUGGGCUCUGAAAUCCAAGGUGCACCGGCGCUCGGCAGAACGCCUCAGAGACCUGUGCUGUGCCAACAGGGGCACCUUCAUAAAGGUGGGCCAGCACCUGGGCGCCCUGGACUACCUGCUCCCGGAGGAGUACACCAGCGUCCUGAGAGAGCUGCACAGUCGCUCCCCGCAGAGUUCCAUCGCCGAGGUCCAGCAGGUCAUCCGGGAGGACCUGGGCAAGGAGGGCAGAACCUCCCCGCACCAAGGGACGGACGGACAGGCAGGCAGGGAGACAGGAAGAUGGACAGACAGGCAGAAAGAUGACAGACAGGAAGAUAGUCAGACAAGCGAGAAGGCAGGCAGGGAGAGGGACAAACAGGGAGGCUUUCACUCAGGCUGCUCGCUUUUUCAGAUCCGCCAGCUGUUUGCCAGCUUUGAGGACACCCCCCAGGGUGCAGCCUCCCUGGCCCAGGUGCACAAGGCCCUGCUGCAUGAUGGGAGGACGGUGGCCGUCAAGGUGCAGCACCCCAAGGUGCAGACGCAGAGCUCCCGGGACAUCGUUGUAAUAGAGGUGCUGCUUAAGGCAGUCAAAUGGCUCUUCCCUGAUUUCUCGUUCAUGUGGCUGGUCGAAGAGGCCAAGAAGAAUAUGCCUUUGGAGCUGGACUUCCUGAACGAAGGCCGCAAUGCUGAGAAGGUGGCAGAGCUGCUCAAGGACUUCAAGUUCCUGAAGGUUCCUAAGAUUCAUUGGGACCUGUCCACCAAGCGCAUCCUGACCAUGGACUUUAUGGAGGGGGGGCAGGUGAAUGACCGGGAGUACAUGAGACGACACAGCAUCGACGUUAAUGAGAUAUCAAGGAACCUGGGGAAGAUGUACAGCGAGAUGAUAUUUGUCCAUGGUUUUGUGCACUGUGAUCCCCACCCUGGUAACGUCCUGGUCCGGAAGUGCCCCAAAAGCAAGAGGAGUGAAAUAGUGCUGCUUGACCAUGGCCUGUAUCAGGUUCUCAACCAGGCCUUCCGUCUAGACUACUGUCGGCUGUGGCGAGCCUUGAUGAAAGCGGACAUGAAGGGCGUUGAGCGGUACAGCCGCCGCUUGGGAGCUGGAGACAUGUUCCCGCUGUUUGCCUGCGUGCUCACGGCGCGUUCCUGGGCCUCCCUCAAUGCUGGCAUCAGCCGGACCGCCGUGACGAGCUUGGAGGACACGGAGAUCCGUGCUAACGCCGCACGCUACCUGCCCCAGAUCAGCGAGCUCCUCAACAAGGUUCCCCGGCAGAUGCUGCUGCUUCUGAAGACUAACGACCUCCUGCGCGGCAUCGAAACAGUCCUGCAGACGCGCGCCAAUGCCAGCUCCUUCCUGAAUAUGUCCCGGUGCUGCGUGCGCGCCCUGUCCAGGCAUGGCAGAAGUAAAGCCAGAUAUAGACCUCGCUGGCUGCAGAUCUUCCUGUCCGAGGUUCUCACUCUGUGGCAGAUCAACCUGUAUGAAGUCUUCCUAUGGAUGAAGGCCUCCAUGUUGGGCAGCUGGUUGAGAAACCUGGUCAGCUGGCUCCAAUUUGCACAGUGAUCCUCCAUGCUGACUGUAGGACAUGACUGAAGGUGGAAGAAGACUGAGGCUUUAUUAUGUCAAAAGGCCAUUGUCAUCUCAACCAAGCACCACCCACAUUGAAGAGUUGGAUUCUAUGAAAGACAUGAGGAAAUGUAAACAUUUACUGUUUACUGUCAUAGAAGAAUAGCUUUUUAUUGCCUCAUAUAUAUGUAAACAAACAUUUAUGAAUAUUGUUUUUUUGCAUUACGAAAAUUUUAUUGUACACAUUUUUUCCAGUUUGCACUCUCCCACCAUCUUUCAGUCACGGAAUACUCAAAUGGUUGGUUGAUCCUGAACUUUCCACCUCUUUCUGUUCCCAAGCUCCCUCCGUCCACCCAAGGUUUCCAUUCACAUCCGUCCUCCAUCUCCCCCUGGUUCCUUUGCUUACCUUAAUUGGCUUUUGUAGAAAGUAUUCUGCAAGCCGAAAAGUUUUUUAUCCCUGCCUGUUGAACCUGGAAGUGUGAUGACUCAUGAUUUUACUGAUCUCAAAUUAAUUGUCUGUUUUUAUUUACUUUUAUUUACGUUUGUCACUAUGUCUUUUCCAUUAGUUGUUGGUGCUCUUUUGAAUGUGAAUGGGAGGGAGAUGUAGACCAUUGUGCUCAUAAUGGGUCCUGAAGAAAAGCUUGGUGCUUGUGUGUGUGCUGGAAAAAAAGUGAAAUGGAGCUUUCAGGCCACUUAGCUGUUUGUGUUUAUACAGCUGUGUGGAGUUUGCUUGCCGGAUGUAGAAAUAAUAAUAUAAUAUAUAAUAAUAAACAUCAUUUGACUAGAAUUCUGUUAUAUCAUGAUGCGGUGCCAUGAUGUCACUAGCUAAAAUCCAGACCAGUAAGGCCAGUUACACAAGCUGUAUAAAGGCUACUUUGACCAAGCUUUGACUGAGUCAGUCAGUCUGAUGAUUGUGUGAUGGAUCACCACUGCAAGAUCGCAGGGCUUUUAAAGUACUCCCUCUCUGACCCCCCCGGACGUCUGUAUCGUCAGCCCAGGUCUACCUCCUUGACCCCUCCCCAGACGUCUGUACCGUCAGCCCGGGUCUCCCUCUCUGACCCCCCCGGACGUCUGCACCGUCAGCCCAGGUCUCCCUCCCUGACCCCUCCCAGGACAUCUGCAUCGUCAGCCCAGGUCUCUCUCACUGACCCCCCCAGAUGUCUAUAUUGUCAGCCCAGGUCUCCCUUCCUGACCCCUCCCCGGACGUCUGUACCGUCAGCCCCGCCUCUCCCUCUCUGACCCCCCGGAUGUCUGCAUCACCAGCCCAGGUCUCCUUCUCUGACCCCACCCUGGACGUCUGCAUCGUUAUGCCUGGUUCGUGAAGGCCUUUAUCGGUGUCUCCUCGUCUUAAUUAGACUCGACCUCUGUAGGCAAACGCAGCGGGACUGCUGGAUCCAUGUCUGAGUGUAAUAAAAAACCCAUCCAUCUUGAUCAAAGUGCAGGCCCCAGAGCUGCCAAAUGCAAUCAUCUAAGUAAUGGCGCCGUUUUCAGGCUGGGAGUUCUGUAGGUUCUCCCAGGCCUAGAGGAGGCUGUGCGCUUCUGUGCCUCUCAAAUUCUCCCCGAUUCACCCCGUAUUAAGCUGCCCUUUUUAUUAAGGAUCUACGGCCAGGGUUUGCAUAAUUGAUUUCAGUGGAUGCCAUCUGAUUACACAAAGACAGAGGUUCUGUUUUGCCAAAUGUCAACUGUAUUCAUCCCUUUUAGUGGAAACAGCUACCUGAAGCAAAUAUAUUGUAAUUGCAUAAAUAUUGUAAACAAACAAUUACACAAUA